AUGUCCACCAAGGUGCCCAUCUAUCUGAAGCGCGGCAGCCGCAAGGGCAAGAAGGAGAAGCUGCGGGACCUGCUGUCCUCGGACAUGAUCAGCCCGCCGCUGGGGGACUUCCGCCACACCAUCCACAUCGGCAGCGGAGGUGGCAACGACACGUUCGGUGACAUCUCUUUCCUGCAGGGCAAGUUCCACCUCCUGCCAGGGACGGCGGUGGACGAGACCCAGGAGGACAGCGGCUUUGAGAUGCCCUUCCAGUUCACGCGCACGGCUACGCUGUGCGGGCGGGAGCUCCCGGAUGGGCCGUCCCCUCUGCUCAAGAACGCCAUCUCCCUGCCGGUCAUCGGUGGGCCCCAGGCCCUCACCCUGCCCGCCGCCCAGGCCCCACCCAAGCCCCCUCGCUUGCACCUGGAGACCCCGCAGCCCUCCCCGCAGGAGGCGGGGACUGUGGACGUGUGGAGAAUCCCAGAGGCUGGCACUGCCCACAGCGGGCUGACCCCUGAGUCCGGAGCGGAGGAGCCCUUCCUGUCCCACGCCAGCUCCCUGCUGUCCCUGCACGUGGACCUGGGGCCUUCCAUCCUGGACGACGUCCUCCAGAUCAUGGACCAAGACCUGGGCCACCUGCAGAUCCCCACAUAG